AUGCAAUGGGGUGUUGAUAGUAGAUUUGAAGAUCAAAAUCCCAACAAUUUUCAAAAUCCAAAUCAAUUUUCCAACCAACAUCCUCAAAACAUACCUAAUUUUGGUUUUGCACCAAAUUUCAACCAGUCAUCUUCUGUUCCAAACUUUCAUCCAUAUUGUGGAUCUAUGAUGAGAAAUCUAUCUCAAACACUCCCGUUUAAUGGUUAUAUGCCAAUGGUGAAUGAAAAUGUUCCGAGUGGUGGUGCACCUGAAUUUCCCGAAUUUUCAACACAAAUAACUAUUGCUAAUGAGGAUUCAACUCCUAAGAGCAAGAAAACCCCGCAACCAUCAUGGAACACUGAACAAAAUUUGGUGCUAAUUAGAGGGUGGAUCAAAUUUGGAACAAGCAGUGUUGUCGGGAGAAACCAGAAAGGUGAAACAUAUUGGGGUCAAAUUGCUGACUAUUGUAAUGAGCAUUGCUCAUUCGAUCCUCCGCGUGAUGGAGUUGCAUGCCGAAACCGUUUUAAUUAUAUGAACAAAAUACUAGGUAAAUGGAUUGACGCUUAUGAUGGCGCUAAGCGUUUCCAAGGAAGCGGUUGGUCUGAGAAUGAUGUUUUGGCAAAAGAUCUAGUGCUCGUCCUAUGGGUAGGGAGGCAGUUAAAAAAAAGGGUAAAAAAAAGCAAGGAAACCUCGGAGGUGGUGGAAAAAGAAUGGACUGAAUUCAAACAAUUAAGGGAGAAAGAGCUUGAACAAAUGGAGAAAAUGACACUGAUGCAACAAGAGGCUAACAAAGUGGAGAAAAUGAAAUUGUAUCUACAGUUAAGUUCCGAUGACCGGAAGAAAAAAAUGUUGGAAAAGUUGGCCCAAGAAUUGUUUGAUGAUUAA